AUGUCGAAUGUAUCUCAGAUCUAUUCAGACUUCAAUUUUGAGGUGCAAUACCAGAGGUUAUUGAGAAUAGUAAUUAUUUCUGCUUUGUCUACACUUCCAGCCUGUGUGUUUCUCUUUGUUAAUGGAAUCAUGUUGUUCAUGUUAAGGCGUAAACGGGUGUUUCGUGAGACCUGUCGCUACAUUCUUUUGUAUAACCUUCUCUUUGCAGAUACUGCACAGCUGGCACAGACUCAGCUUAUUUUCCUACUGUCAGUUUGUCAAAUACAGUUGCCCUUUUCUGUGUGUGCUAUUUUAAUCUUGUUGGCCAAUCUUACAGGGAGAAUCACCCCUCUCACACUGGUCGUCAUGCCUCUAGAACGGUAUGUUGCUGUGUGUUACCCAUUGAGGCACGCUACCAUCAUUACCAUCCGAAACACAAGGGUUGUUAUCAUCGUGAUUUGGGUUGUCAGUUCACUAAACAAUCUCACACGGAUUUUAUUGUUAUUUGAAUUUUUGUUUGAAAAUGUGAAAAAUCUGCAAGUGAGCGACUAUUGUUCUAAUGUGGAUAUAAUCCUCGGGUCAAAGUCCGAACAAUAUGACACACUCUACACUUGUUGUCUGUUUGUGUCUGCUGGUGUGGCAGUCAUUUUCUCUUAUAUUGGUGUGAUAGUAGCUGCCAGGUUGGCCUCCACAGACAAAGGUUUAGCCCAAAAAGCUCGGAACACACUGCUGUUGAAUGUGAUCCAAUUGUGCCUCAGUCUCUCUGCUACUAUAUACCAUCCACUACUUAGAGCUCUUUCAAGAACUGUAGCAAGGACAGUAUUUUUGUGGGUCCAGAAUGUGUUUUAUGUGUGUUUUAUUAUCUUUCCCAGAUGUCUGACCUCUCUUAUCUAUGGCCUUAGAGAUCAGACCAUCGGACCUGUCCUCAUAAAUCAUCUAUGCUGUCGAAUGAAAGCCACUGUUUAA